CUCGGCAGCUAACGUUGGGGAUUUGCGUUUCCUUCAAGAGGAGAUAUUUAUUUAUCUCACCGUUGAGCCAGACUGUGCCGCCAUGGCUCUUUACGAAUAUGUCACUCAGGAGCAGCUUGCGGGCUUCGACAAAUAUAAGUACAGCGCAGUGGACUCGAAUCCCCUGUCUGUCUACGUCAUGCAUCCUUUCUGGAACUUCGUGGUAAAGUUUCUACCGACGUGGUUGGCUCCAAACCUCAUUACAUUUACAGGUUUUAUGUUCCUUGUGUUGAACUUCCUCAUGUUGGCCUUCUACGACUUUGACUUUACUGCCUCUGCUGCAGGACAUGAACAUGUGCCUAGUUGGGUCUGGGUUGCUGCAGGGAUCUUCAACUUCUUAGCCUAUACACUUGAUGGUGUCGAUGGUAAACAGGCCCGCCGCACCAACUCCUCCACACCACUAGGGGAGCUGUUCGACCACGGUCUGGACAGCUGGGCCUGCAUCUUCUUCGUGGCCACGGUGUACUCCAUAUUUGGGCGCGGGGAGAGCGGCGUGGGCGUGGCCACACUGUACUACAUUCUGUGGGUGGUGCUGUUCUCCUUCAUCCUGUCUCACUGGGAGAAGUACAACACUGGCAUCUUGUUCCUGCCCUGGGGAUACGACAUCAGCCAAGUGACCAUCUCCAUGGUUUACUUGGUCACUGCUGCGGUCGGUGUGGAAACCUGGUACCAGCCACUCCUGUGGGGUCUUCUCUACAGAGACCUCUUCACAUUUAUGAUCAUAGCUUGUUCCUUCACUGUGACCUUACCCAUGAGCCUCUACAAUGUCCUGAAGGCUCACCGGAGUAACACUCUGAAGCACAGCAGCCUGUACGAAGCUUUCCUGCCUUUCCUUUCUCCCGUCCUCCUCUUCAUCUUAUCCACCAUUUGGGUGGUUUUCUCUCCAUCCAACAUCCUUGAGCAGCAGCCCAGGAUGUUCUACCUCAUGGUGGGGACAGCCUUCGCCAAUGUCACGUGUAAGCUGAUUGUGUGUCAGAUGAGUAACACGCGUUGCCAGGCGCUGAGCGUGCUGCUGCUGCCCAUGGCGGCGGUUGUGUUGUCAGCUGUGACCGGUGUUGUCGCCAGCGAGAUUCUGCUGCUUUACGUGUGGACGGCUGCUGUCAUACUAGCACACAUACACUACGGAGUGUCAGUGGUACAACAGCUCAGCCACCACUUCAACAUCUUCGCCUUCUCCCUCAAGAAGUCCAGUAGUGACUGACAGGAGGAGGAACGAAUCGGCUUGAAAGGAGCAGAGGUUUAGGCAUCUCCGCUCCUCUGCUUACCGACACUUCACUUCCAUCACCACGGAAACCGCAUCCCCUCCAUCCGUGAGGACACUGCAAGUGGAAAGGACUGUGGCCCUCUUUUUCCAUUGUCCCCAAACACAACAUACACAAUCACACACACACACACACACGCACGCACACAUUCCCGAUCCAACCAACCAACUGAACUCUGGUCUCGGCCAUGGGGCGGGUCCAGGGGCUCUGGCUUCCGUCAUUGGUGAUUGGCUAACUUGGUUGAGCCAAUGAGGUGCAAUUGUUUCCUACGGAAAUGUGCUUCAGUCGCGAGGACAGGAGCCCAGACGAGCCAUGCAAAGACAAAACACUCACACGCACGUUUGUACUUCUGUCUUUGUUGGGACCCUACCUGUUGUCCUGCCCGUAACCAUCACGAGUAAAUCCCUAAACCCUUAACGAACCCGAACCCCACCCAAGUCUUAACCCUCAGCCAGCCUGUCUUGUUAGGUCUUUCCUGAAGUAAGGACCGGCCGCUCCCAAGGUCUACGACUCACAUUGGUCCUCACAAAGAUAGAGACACAAGCUAGUACGCACACACACGUAUACGAUUCUGCUUUAAUGCAGAUAAUUUCUAUUUCGUGGCAGGUAUUUCAGUACAAACACAGCCACGUACACGAACACGCAGUCGUACUAAAAUAGUAUUAUGAAUGUAUAAUAUGCCUUGGGGAAACGCCAUUUCAGUUUAAUUCUAUUAACAGGAAUGCCUCAAGUAGUGUUGUUGACCAAACCUCAGAACUCUGGCAGCUGUGUCCAGCGUUUAAAGGUUCAGUCACCUAGUUUGUUUUUUUGUUUUGUUUUGUUUUUUUUUUAAAUUAUCAUUGGAUGAUUUGCAGUUGGAAAUCUCUGUGAUACGUGUUAAUAGCUAUAUAUAUAUAUACUGUAUGUUUUAAGGGGUUUGGGGCAUUUUAUUUUCAAACUGAAAACUUCCUCCUGUAAAACAUUGUAUGAAUUUCCCUCUAAUUAAUUCAACAUUCUGCUCUGUGGUGACACAGAGAUACCAACUAACCAGGGCAAGACUUGACCAGGGUGACCUCAACUAACCUUCCACUUUGACUUCUGUCUGACCUCCCGGUUCUCCCUUCCUUCUGAGGUGUCGUGUCUUCAUGCUGAUUCGUUCUUUUUUUAUGGCUUUUUUUUAUAUACACGUCUUCAGUAUAUACUUUUUGUUAGUCUGCUGCCAUGGCGACAGUGUGUGGUUAAGUUGCGCAGCGCUUGAAUGAAGAGUGCGUCCAAAAACCGUCACCGGAGCGGACUCACUCUGAGGGAACAAGCCGUCUGCACUGGACACCGCAAACGCCACAACGCCGCCGGGCGUCGCACUCUCCUGCUUCUACAGAUAUUAUCACACCUUUUAUACGGUUUAUCAUGUAACUUGUCUUGCUGCUUUUUCUCAGUCGGGUAAAACACUGUUCCUCUGUGCGACUCAAACUAUGUGUCCAAGGCGAAGGGCAUUCAGUUGUGGCUGCAGCACUUGGUUUCUCAUCGAACUGGUUUUCAAAGCAAGGCCAAAAAAAGACAAGACAGGCCUUAUUUACCAUCUGUGUUAUCUCUCAUUUCAAAAGUCAAGAACAUACAUAAUGUGACGACUGUACGGUUGCGGUUUGGAUGAAGUACGUUUGUUUGUGUGUAGCUUGAUCCUUUCAAAUCCCUUUUUGGCCUUGGGUGUUGAAAACUGACCAGUUUUCUUUAUCUUUGAGCACAUUUUUGUGUUUCAGAUCAUAUCAGAGAUUGUCAUGACCACAGAGCGUAUAGAAGAGAUGGACAUAACCACCGUGUGGCACCAGGCGGUGACGUCCAGAGCUGGAAAAUGAAACUCACGUGGAAGUACCAAAAUGUGUAGUUCCUUGAACGGCCACUUGAGGCUGAUUCUAAAACAGAGUCAGUCCACAUUGACUCCCAUGCUAAAAUGCUCACCUCCACAGCAGAGUAAACAUGUUUACAGCCUGGUACAAAGAACGGUUUUGGCCUCUGUAGCUAAUUUCCUCAUUCGUAAUUCCUGCACAGGAGGUACAUUUUAUGCAUAAUUAAGUGCGUGUUUUUUUGAGUGACAGAUACGUCGUCACAAUUUAUGGCUCUCCUUAGCUCCACCUAUUUUUGGAUUAGCCUUGGAGUGAGGAGUCGGGCACAUCUGACCAGAGCCGGAACACUGAGAUUAAAAACUGCUGUUCAGGAAAGCUGUGGGUGACCUCAUGAAGGGUUCGUUCACCUUUAUAUGCAGCCUAUCGACAUUACCCAUUUAACUUGUAAACAGCUGUUGAGUUGGGAAUUGGGCUGUUGCCAUCAACAUGUAACUGUAGGUCGACCUGUCCUCAAACAUACCCUGCGCUGAUCAUCUGUUGUCCUCUAAUUGGGACCAAAAUGUUCUAAAUGAACGCCAUGCCGCGUUGAAGGAGAUGUGAAACUAGCAGUUCAGAUCAUAGACUCAUUAGGAAAGUGUUUACUGAGGUAACAAAUUAAGUCGCCUCCUGCUGGCCAUUAGCAAGAAUGCAGUUUUCUGGCACUUCCACGUAAUCUUGAUGUCCAUCUUUUCUGUGCAGUCUGUGGUCACGACAAAGGGAAUCUGCUCUUCAUUAUUUUUUGAAACCCAAAUCCUCAACCUGCCAUACUAUGCCUCACUUUUAUCACGUAGGUGGAUCCAGUCAGCUGUAAACAAUCAGUAACGUCUGGAUCUCAGUGAUUAUGAAGGAAAACAACAAACAAACCAGAAUAUCAGCUGUUAACAAAACCAUGCUCUUGCCUUGGGAACGCUCAUGUCCGUUACGAGUUAAUGUCUGUCCGUUAUCCGGCUGAAUAUGAAUGUCCAGUCACAGUGAGAAUCAUCUCGUAUACAGCAGAUUGUGGGGAUAACUGAUUACAAAGAGUACAUAGGAAAUAGUCAAAACGCUGGGGAUGGAAAUUGGACUUCACGUUGCUUAUGCUUUUUACCACUUGUCCAGAAGUUUUGUAUAUAAACUGUUAUGAGCAGCACUGAACACUGAGACCACAGGCACACGCUUGUAGCGUCCCGAGGAACAAAAAACCAUCUGUAACUGCCAUAAUACCCAGCGUCGUGGUUCGCAAAUAGGGAAAACUUGUAUGCAGGCAUAAGCACAUUGUAGUCUAAAUUGAUUUGAUGAUGGUUUUCUUUUCUUUUCUUCUUCUUUUUAAAUCUGUGACUGUAGAUUGUAGUGAUGUGAAAACAGCUGUGACUGAGAUUUCGCCACCAAAACGGUUCCUGGUGGCUUUAUGCACUGUCUGGGUAUGUACAGCUCCAUGUGUUCAAAUAUGGCUGUAUGUGUGAAUAUCUGUGUAAAUACAUAUAUUAUUUCUUCUUUUUAUUUUGUUUUUUUAAACUACAAAUGGGAUUGUUAUCAGGUUGGCAGAUUUUUUUUUUCCCUCACACGGGGACUUGAUGACCGGAGUGUGAUGCCGAUCAGCGGUGAAAAUUACUGUCGUUUUUUUUUUUUACAAUUUGAGGGUAUUUUUCAUUUUUUUGCUGAUCGGAUCCGCUUCAGGUCUUUUCCUCUGGGAGUGUUUGAAAAGGAAUACCGAGCUGUGGAUGUGAAGACCUCCACUCCAGGCUGCAAACACCACGAGCAAAGCAACAAGGAAUUUCGUGUUUGCCGGUAGUGAAAAAUUGUGCCAUUUACCGAAACAAAAAGUCUGUCGCUCAGCUGGCAGAUACAUUCUUUAGUUUCAUUUUCACAUUUUGAUUUUUUUUUUUUUUUUUGUCCUGGGCAUUUUUUAUUUUUUUUUUUUAAGCGUGUUCCUCAGCUUCACUCACCACUUUCAAGGAAAAAAAAAAACAACAGUCUUACUUCCUGCCCUGGAUCAAUGAACUAAGCUGUCGUGUAACGCUGCUCUGGCGAACACUCCAGGGCCUCAGUGUGGCUACUUGUGAUGUUGUAUUUAACCAGUGAAAGAAAGGACUGUCCAGAAACAAAUAAAAGUGAAUUUUCUUUAA